UAAAAAUUAAGCAUUCGCGCGCUUUUUAGUUUUUGUUUUCUAUCUAUUUUUAGUUGCUUUCAACUUAUGGUUUUUAUAAUCAUGUGUAAAUAAUCGUUUUUUUCAUUUUUCAUUUUUAAGCAUGGACAUCGAAAAAUCUGUUAAUAAAUCUUUUGAGGGAAAAGUUGAUGACGAUGGCAACGCUAAAAUAUCUUUAUUGCUUAACGCAAUGCCUGUUCUUGACGAUUUAUUUUACAUACAUUACAAAGUUGGAGAGGGUACUUUUAGCUCAGUUUUUCUUGCUACAUUGAAAAAUACAACACAGUCAAGAAACUUUGCCGUUAAACAUUUGGUUCCUACUUGUCAUCCUGGAAGAAUUGAACGAGAAUUACAAUGUUUGAAAGAUAUUGGAGGUAAAGAUCAUGUUGUGGGAUUGGAGUUGUGUUUACGCAAUGGUGGAUCCGUAGCUUUUGUCAUGCCUUUUAUGAGACAUGAUAGGUUUUCGGAUUACGUACUGAAUAUGGGUUCAGAUGAGAUGAAACAAUAUAUGAAAGCUUUGUUAACAGCUGUAGCUAGAGUCCAUAAGUUUAAUAUUAUUCAUAGAGACAUAAAGCCAAGUAAUUUUUUAUAUGAUAGGAAAAACAGAAGAUAUUUGUUAGUUGAUUUUGGGUUGGCACAACAAUAUAUAAAAAAUGAAAAACCAAGAGAUUAUUAUUCCAAAGCUCAAGUGACUAACAUUGUCAAGUGGAAAAAAAGUGAUGAUGAGAAUAAACAAAUGGAUAAAACAUUGAAAAAUACCAGAAAACAAGUAACUAAUAAAUGUUGCUGCUUUGGAAAGCCAAAGAUAUGUUCAAUAUGUCUAGUUAAACCAUUGCAAAAUGCACCAAGAGCUGGCACACCUGGUUUUAGAGCUCCAGAAGUUUUACUGAAGCAUGCAUACCAAACACCAGCUAUUGAUAUUUGGGCUUGUGGUGUCAUUAUGCUUAGUAUAUUGAGUGGAACUCAACCUUUUUUUCGCAGUCCUGAUGACAUGACUGCUCUAGCAGAGAUUACCACAGUAUUUGGUUCUACCGCUAUACAGCAAUGUGCAAAAAAAAUUGGCAAAAAGUUUAUAUGCUCUAAUAAUACUCCUGCUAUUGAUCUUACUUCUCUCUGCCAAAAAUUACAAAAACGCAAUAAAAUUUCCAAAAUUAUAGUUAAAAAUGUUGAUGAAGAUCCUGGAUCAAAAUAUCCUGUUGAAGCGUAUCAAUUACUUAUAAGAUUAUUAGAUUUGGAUUACAAGACAAGGAUUACAGCAGAGCAAGCUUUGCUACAUCCAUUUUUCGAGAAUUAAUAGACUGAGUAUGGGAAUAAAAGAAACACAGUUUACGUUUUAUAUACAAUUUUGUUAUAAAAAUUAAAUAACAAGGUGAUAUAAAUUUUAUAAAAUUUUAUAACUGUAAAAUGUAAAGUUAAUAUAAUUUGAAAGUGAUUACAUGAUUAUGUAAAUAUCGUUUGCAAUAAGUACAAAUGA